CUGGAAAGUAAAAACCCGCCGCAUCAGUUCCUCGUCACAGGGGGCCAAAAGCGGGGAGUGCUGACUGCAUGUGCGAUGCUCAACCCUUGCUCGUGUCGAUGGACAAGCUCACCGAUCUGGAUGUGCCUAUCUUUCGACAUGCACGCAAUAAUGUAUCCGCUCAAGUGCCUCUGCCAAGCUCUCAUCAAGCAGCAACAAGACUACGGGACAGAGAGUUCAUCCGCAUUAGAUUCAGGAUGACAGUAAGAAAGGCACGCCGUGAGCGGCGGAUGCCGGUGUCACAGCUCACGAUACUUGCCAUUUGCAGAUUUGCUGAACCCAUCGCCUCCACAUCGCUCUUUCCCUACCUCCCCGAGAUGAUUCGCUCCUUCCAGAUUCCUGAACGAGAAGUUGGAAAAUGGGCAGGUCUCGCAACCGCCAUCUUCUCCCUAUGUCAGGCUGUGAUGGGUGUACCCUGGGGCCGCUUCAGUGAUCGCUAUGGCAGGAAAUCAGCUAUUCUGUUGGGCCUCACUGCCACAAUGCUAACCUCACUCAUGUGGGGGUUCAGCAGCACGUUGUGGAUGGGGCUCCUGGCAAGGGCAUUAGCCGGUGCAGGAAACGGGAAUGUUGGUAUUAUCCGGACGACGGUGGCGGAAAUGGUGCCAUGGAAGGAGCUGCAACCAAAAGCAUUCUCCAUCAUGCCGUUGGUGUGGAAUAUCGGAUCGAUAUUCGGACCAAUGCUCGGUGGAGCAUUGGCAAACCCCUACGGUGUUGAACCCGGAGAAGAUGGAAGAGACAAGGCCUUGUUUGGGAGGUUUCCAUAUGCGCCGCCUAAUAUAGUGUCGGCUGUUUUCUUCGCCAUUGGAAUUACUGUCGGGUAUCUUUUUCUUGAGGAGACGCUCGAGACGCUGCAACAUCGGAGAGACUUCGGUCUGCGGAUCGGGGAUAAGAUCAAGAAGCUCGCGAAAUCGCAUGUCUUGAGACUGGAGGAAGUCUUGAGGUUGCGUAGAUCCGAGAUCGCAUGUGACUCGGAGGACGAGCCACUCCUUAAGGACGACCAUGAUCACGAUUACGACGAGCUUACUGGGACCAAGCCGAGUGAACCUUCACCUGCGCCACCGUCCUUUAAAGAGAUUCUAACGAAGCAGUCCCUCCUGAACCUUCUGGUCUACACCCUACUCGCCAUGCACACAAUGGCCUUCGAUCAGCUGUUUCCGGUCUACAUGCAAUUUCCAUCUCUGCUCAACAAUCCUCCGUCCCUGGACACAACACCACCAUCCCAGGAUAAUCGCCUCCGCUUCGCUGGCGGUUUCGGCCUGAACCAUUUUACCAUUGGCCUCCUUAGUACCGGCUACGGCUGCGUCGGCAUGAUCAUCCAAUUCUUCGUCUUCCCACCCGUAGCCCGCCGUUUCGGAGUACUCAACUGUCUGAAGGCGGCGGCCUGCACAUUCCCGCUGGUCUACUUCGCCAUGCCUUUCACAGCCCUUCUGCCGACCCAAAGGGCUCAAAUUGCCGUAGCAUUCGGCUUAGGAUUGGUCAAGCUGAAUUGCUCCAUCUUUGCGUACCCCUGCAGCACUAUCUUGAUCACAAACUCGGCAACCAGUCUCCGCGUACUAGGAACGCUGAACGGCUUCGCCACCUCUGUUGCAGCCCUUGGCCGUGCAGCCGGCCCGGCCAUUGGAGGUGCGAUGUUUACCGUGGGUGUCAAGCAUGGCUUUGUCAUCGCUCCCUAUUGGACAUUUACCGCUAUUGGCAUUCUCGCGGCUGUCCCAAUCUUCUUUCUCGAAGAGGGGGAAGGAUUCGGCGACGACGAUGACGACGUUAGCGAUCAUGAGGACGUGCAGGAGGUAUCUGAAACUCCAGCCACAGAACAUGAGCCAGUUGCAGUUGCGCCGACGAAGUCCCAAGCUCAGGAAGCCGACGAGGUAGCCUAUGGCUCCGUACCGGGUCUGCUAAACCGUAGAGAUACGGUGUCUUCUAACGCGCUGGUAGAAGAAGCCGAGACGCCCACGAGACCGGAGAUGAAUCUCAGACAGGAAACUGCACCACUGAUGGUCCGGCGUGGCUCGAGAAGGGCUGUUAGACAGAUGUCGACACCGCUGGGUAUGGGAAGAAUGGGCAUCAGUCGGCGGUAUAGCAGUAAUGUAGGGCAGAGCUUCGGGAGUGCUUACGGGCAUUAAUCUACUGGAACGCUAUGCUUACUCCCACUGAGCUGCUUCUGGUGCCGUUCUUGCGAGCGUUCCUAUUGAUAGACGUACAAUGCAGUCGAACCCCCGUUCACCGAACGACCGCCUCUCAUCUGCGCCGCAGCAUUGUGUCGUCAUUUAACAGCUAUGAACGGUU